GACGGAUUCACAAAGGAUGCACGUGUGAUUGAAUUGCCCGUAACAGUUAAUUGUAAUUGACUAUAACUAAUCAACUUGUAUACAUUCCUCUCCAACGACACUCAAAAUGAUUAUAAUCUGAUAAUGCAACGAGUAACGGGACCGCGAAGAAAAGAAAGACAAAACCGUUUAUGAACUUGGGUCACGCUUUACCAGCGAACGUUGAAGAUUAUUCCCGAUAUUAUUGGUUAAUAAUUAUGAUUGGGCAUGGUGGGUCUGAUCUAAUUGGAAAUUGAUAAAUUUCUAUCUCUAACCAUCACCGCGCAGAUAGCAGUGACGCACUCUUUAAUGGGCGCAGUGGAAAUUGAUUCUGCUCAUAUUCUUGAAUCAUUCAUAUUUUUAGUCACUAGAAUAAGAAUUUACCGCACCUUAACUACUGCGAAUGUAUUCGGCCGAACUAUAUUUCCGAUAGGUUUUUUUUUUGUACUCGAAAGCAGCCAAGACUUGGUCACAUUUAUUAGAAGAAUCGGGCAAUUAGCCUCUCUCUUGCAAGACAAAUCUUAUUCUAAUGAUAUUCAUAAAUCUUCUGGAAAUUUUCUUUGACGGAUAUCAUGGCCAGUUUUUCACCCGUUACAUCGAAAGCCAUUGUUGUUGCAGCAUUCUUGAUUCUUGCCGAGUAUCUGGACUCAACCCACGGAAGAAGCUGCGCAGUUGGAGAAAAUGCCAAUUCAUCUUUCUUCUCUUCCCGUUUUGUGUUUGGUUAUAUUCCAAACGGUCGCGAUCUACAAUCUCAAGGGGAUUUUGGCUUCCAGAUACAGUCAAGAAAUCUAACACAGCCGCAGGUGGAUAUACUCAAUCCAUCAGGAUUGGCCUUUGUAGAGGUUCCCAUACCAAAUACACAUGGUGUACCUCCAAAGAAUGCACUCGAAGAUGUAUUUCAUAUCAAAACUGAGGCGGACUCCAUGAUACAUGCAUUCAACGGUGUUCCUUCGCCGAGAACUGUUGAUUCCUACGGAACUUUCAGUGUAAUUCCAGAAGAAUAUUUGGGACAGGAGUACUUCCUCGUUACGAUGACCGGCCAGACCCCCGGGUAUGCCACCAUCUCGUCAAUGAACUCUUCAACUCGAGUGAACAUACGAUUCAAUGGCCGGGCUCAAGUUUAUAACGGAGGAAACUACGAUCGCGGGGAUGAGAAAGAAUUCUGCCUGGAACCGUGGAAGAAUAUUUUGAUCAAGAUACUUACGAAUGAUUUCAGUGGAUCCCGCCUCCUGGCUGAUCAUCCAGUGUCUGUGGUUUGUGGGACACCUUGUGCCUUCUCACCCGGACACGAACACUGGGAUCAAGAUUGCGACGCUGUCAUAGAGCAACUGACCCCGUUUGAUCGCUGGGGUACAGUAUUCAACGUUCCUUCGUUUCCGGGAGACGACGAGGACUUCUGCGUCAUGAUUGUCGCAGGAAGAAACGGCACCACCGUCACCAUGAACUUGGACACCGUGAUCACUGCGCUUCUCGACGAGGGAGAAACUGUCGUAGAAUGCACAAACCUCUCUCUGGCGCGUCUCACAAGCAAUAAACCGAUCCAAGUCGUUGCCUUGAAAACAGUGAACGCUGCCAUGGUAACUAUUCCUCCCGAGGAGCAAUACAUCAGUGGCGACACUUACAUCUAUGUCCCAGACGCCACAACUUACGGCGUCUCGUCGGGCUUCAUCACGGUCGUAACGUCCUGUGAAUUUAAUGGAGUGUUCAAUGUCAUCAGGGUAUGGAAUGAUACCAGACAACCACAACUUGAGCCUAUGUAUGAAUCAAAACAGCACAACGGAAGUUGUGCCCUAUAUUACGAUUUGGUAAUGGACGCAACCUAUGAGAUCAUGGUCUCUGAUCUCAGUGCCUCAUACUUUGCUCUCGUGAACUCCUUCUGUGCUGAGACUGCAGGGUCGUCAGUUGGUGCCCAGGGAUUCAAACGACUACGUUGUAUCGACUACGAUUCCAUGUUCACGGGAGAUAACGCUUGUCAUGAUGUAUACCGAUCGUCAUCAUUCAGCUUCUCCUCCAAGGGUAAUAGGAUUACACAGGAACCCGAUCAGGAAUAUUUCACCCGUACCACCUUCAACUGCGCGAGCGCAUGCGCACAAGAAGCCAACGCGAUUUGCAAGGCGUUCACCUGGUCAAAGGUCACUGGCGCUUGCCGGUUGUAUGGAUCCUUCAACCCGGCGACAGAUACCAGUCCGGAAACCGGCGGUUACAUCUACACCGUGUGAUGUUCAUUACAUGCCUUGAUAAUGGGAUUUAAGACACGAAGGGGGGGGGGGUGGUGAGUAUAGGCCUACAGGACAAAAACCUAUAGGCCUAUACAGGUGUAAAUGAAAGUCGUCUUUGGGAGUCAUAGACAAUAAAUAUUUCAGGCCGUUGCAGUAAAAUAGGUGUCAAUACAUCCGGACAAUACAUCAAGAAAUAAGAUUAUGCAUUUGUAUCGGUAGGGUAAUACAUUGUGAAAAUAUUUAAAUACUAUAUUGUGCACUAUUUAUACAGCUUAUUUGUUUUCUUCGAGUAAUAUGACCAUGAUUUUAAACCAAAAUUCACAAUGAUGAAAUGUAUAUAAUAAAAGACUACCCUGAUAGUACUAAAUCGGGAGACUCACCCGUAUUAUAAUGAUAAUAAAUAUAUUAAAAGAGUGUAUAAACUAUUCAACAACUUAGGUGCAUUUUACUUAGUUGACAAAAAGUAUAUAUUAUACUAAACUCGUAUAUGCAUGUCACUCUUUCAAAAACAUGAAAUAUUCAAUAAAUUUCUUAUUGUUAUUAGGAUUUGAAUGUGUUUUCCAUAUUUUGCCUGGUCGAUUCAAAUAUAUUUAUUUGAAUUGGCGAUCGAAUUGUUAGUAUUUAUUGUCAUAAACGUGCUUUGAGAUACUUUAUCAGUCGUCUUGGGAUAUUUGUUAUAUUUCAUUUUCCAAAAAAAUAUUCUUACAUUUUACCUUUAUCUCUUAUUAUCAUUCGUUGGAUUAUUUUGAUAGAACAACUUACAAAGCAUUGUGAUUUUGUCAAAAUGAAACCAGGCAAUAUGAAUUUAUAUGAUUCAUAAUCGGUAUAAUCGUUUAAUAUCCAAGAUUAUAUUCUUAAUUAUCAGACUGUGUCGGUGAUUAAAUAAUGAAAUGUGGACUCUUUGAAUCUAGUUAGUGCUUUUAUGGUGUAUAAUUCAUAACCUUGGUAACGAAUAGGAUCGGAAUAAUAGAUUUCUCAUGCAAAAUGAUUACGUUUUUCAACUUGAAACGUGAUUGGUUAAAUUUUCAUCCUUUGUUAAAUACAUUUUGAUGCUCACAUUUCACGAUGCAGAUCUUAGAAUAAUAAAGUUUGGAUAUUCAAUGUAUUAUUAUGUUAAGUGUUUAAAAAGUUUAACAUGAGAGUGAUGGUGUGUUCCUAUAGCUCCUGUUUUUCCUACUUAAUAAUGUUUUACAUUAAUUGAAUGACCUUUAUCUAACAGGGUUUUUUGUGGGAGCUGUCUGAUAAUGGUUAUUGGAUGUCUUGUAUUGUCAUUGUAUACUUUGUUCAUGAGGUAACGGUUGCCUGGCAACUCAAACAUAAAUAGUAACUGCCACUAGCACAAUGUAGAGCUCUCCCAUUAUUAAUCAAUUCAAUUGAAUGUCACCGUAUAUCCGGAAAGCGAGAAUCCGUAUAUAAUAUAUAUAUUUUUUCAACUUUUUCAUCUUUUCACAUUUUCAUCUACUCUGUUUAAUUACAUUUUAUUAUAGAUUGAAGGCCGCAACCCUUCUGUUUGUAAAGCGUAAGUAUCCUUUGUGUCACAAUAUAUCUCAUAUAAAUGUAUUUCAUUAUGUAUUUUAUUAGAA